AUGUCUUGCCAGAAAAAGUGUGACGGCUGUUCCUGCAGUGACGCCCCACCCAAGACAGUCGAGAUCGAAGACUGUCUCGCCGAACUCAACGCUCUUCGCCGACGCAAUCAAGAGCUUGAAACUCGUCUCGGCGUAACUUCAAACAGUGGAAAGCCCAAUGUUAUCCGGAAACCAGGCAGGACGCUACGUUCCUCGGCGUGGUUUGACUGUCGUAGCGAUCCCGGCAUGACCGCUAUCUACAUGGAGCGGUACUUCAACUACGGAAUAACCCGUGAAGAGCUCAUGUCGGGUAAACCUAUGAUUGGAAUCGCUCAGACAGGCUCUGAUAUUGCCCCUUGUAACCGUCACCAUCAGGAGCUGGCCAAGCGUGUUCGUGAGGGUAUUCGCACGGCUGGAGGUAUCGCUUUUGAAUUUCCGGUACACCCAAUUCAAGAGACGUCCAGACGGCCUACUGCGACUCUUGAUAGGAAUCUGGCUUAUCUGGGCCUGGUGGAGAUUCUUACGGGUUAUUUUCUUGAUGGUGUGGUCCUUUUGACAGGUUGUGAUAAGACGACCCCUGCUUGCUUGAUGGCUGCGGCUACAGUGAACAUUCCGGCAAUUUGUCUGAAUGUUGGACCGAUGCUCAACGGGUAUUCCAAGGGAGCCUUGACUGGAGCCGGGACUGUUCUAUGGAAGGGCCGAGAGAUGUACGCCACGGGUGAGAUCGAUGAAUAUGAAUUUAUGGACUAUGUUUCGCGAGGAACCCCAUCAGUCGGCCACUGCAACACAAUGGGAACCGCAUCUACCAUGAAUGCCCUCGCCGAGUCUCUUGGUAUGGCUCUUCCAGGUUCGGCAGCUAUCCCUGCAGCAUACCGCCACCGAGCCCAAUGUGCAUACGAAACUGGCAAGCAGAUUGUAGAGAUGGUGGAAGAAGACCGCAAGCCCAGUGACUUGAUGACCCGCGCAGCAUUCGAGAAUGCUAUCGUGGCUAACGCUGCCUUCGGAGGUAGCACAAAUGCGCCCAUACACAUUAACGCCAUUGCUCAACAUAUGGGUGUUCCCGUGUCAAUGGAUGAUUGGGACAAUCUUGGAUCACACAUCCCUCUUUUAUUGAACAUGCAGCCUUCGGGUGAAUAUCUCGGAGAAGAAUACUACCGCGCUGGAGGUCUCCCGGCUAUUAUGGCAGAACUUCUAGACCAAGGCAAGAUUAAUGGCGAUGUUAUGACUUGCAAUGGAAAGACAAUGGCGGAGAACGUCCGCGGCAAGCAUUCUUGGGAUCGUCGUGUGAUUCGUCCUUACAGUGAUCCUUUGAUGAAAGAUGCUGGAUUCAUUCAUCUGAAGGGUAGCUUGUUUGACUCUGCUAUUAUGAAGACUUGUGUGAUCUCGUCUGCUUUCCGCGAACGCUACCUGUCCAACCCCGAAGACCCAGAGGCCUUUGAGGGUUCAGUUGUGGUGUUCGAUGGCCCAGAGGAUUACAACAGUCGCCUCGAAACUAUGCCCAACAUUGAUGACAAGACGAUUCUGAUCAUGCGUGGCGUCGGUCCCUUAGGCUACCCUGGUGCAGCGGAAGUUGUCAACAUGCACCCUCCCAGUCGAUUACUAAAGCAGGGCAUUGAUGCACUUUUCUGUAUCGGCGAUGGAAGACAAUCUGGAACAUCAGGCUGCCCAUCAAUCUUGAACGCCAGCCCUGAAGCAGCUGCCGGUGGUAAUCUGGCCAUUCUGAAAGACGGAGACAAGCUCCGUAUCGAUUUGCGUAAGCGCCGCGUGGAUAUCAUGAUUGAUGACAACGAGCUUCAACAAAGGAUUCAGGACGCCAGGAAGACGGACUAUCCGCUGGUUCCCAGUGGUACUCCCUGGCAAGAAAUCUUCCGCCAGGAGACCAGUCAACUCUCCGAUGGAAUGGUAUUGAAAAAGGCUGUCAAGUAUCAACGUUUGGCACAGCGCGAUGGCCCGCCCAGACAUAACCACUGA